AUGUGCUUUUCAGCUCUCCCCCAUAUUCACCAAGAUCUUCAAGAAAUUGCUGCAGCUACAGAAAGUCCCUUCCUGCCUCAAAAGGUCCACUAUUGUCCUGGUGCCCAAGAAACCCUUAAUCACGAACCUGGACUGAUAGCACUGAUGUCUGUGGUGAUGAAAGCGUUCGAUCGUCUGGUUUUGAAUCACCUAAAAACUGUGACUGGUCCCCAACUGGACCCGCUACAGUUCGCCUAUCGAUCGAAUCAGUGUGUCAAGGAUUCAGUCAACCUGGGCCUGCACUACAUUAUCCCAAAAUCUCGAUGCAAUGACAGAUGUCCUCCUGGGUACAGAAAAGCUUUUAAUGGAAGAUUCCAUGUCUGCUGCUAUGACUGUGUCCCAUGUUCUGAGGGGGAAAUUUCUAAUACAACAGGUAGGAAUAUUGAUAUCUGCCAUAGAUGUCCUGAUGAAGAGUGGCCGGAUGAGAGAAAAAUUAGAUGUGUACCCAAAAUAUUUGACUUUCUGUCCUAUGAAAAGGACUUUGUGGUGCAAAUAUCUGCAGUAACAGCUUCAUCAUUCUCUGCCGUAACAUUAUUUAUAUUAGGGAACUUUGUUUAUUACUGGAACACCCCAAUUGUGAAAGCCAAUAACCGGACUGUAAGCUUCAUUCUCCUGAUCUCCAUCUUGCUGAGCUUCCUCUGUGUGUUCUUGUUCCUCGGCAGGCCAGUGGAUAUAACCUGCAGACUCAGACAAACAUCAUUUGGGAUCUUCUUCUCCAUAGCUGUCUCUUCUGUAUUAGCCAAGACUGUUACUGUCUUCAUUGCUUUUAAAGCCACCAAACCUGGGAGCUCCUGGAGGAAGUGGGUCACAGUCAAAGUAUCUAAUUAUGUGGUCAUUGUGUGCUCCUCUGUCCAAGCUCUAAUCUGUGGUAUCUGGCUGAUUGUUUCUUCUCCCUACCAGGAGUAUGACCAUCACUCCUAUAAGGGAAUGAUCAUCAUUCAGUGUAAUGAGGGGUCAGUGAUUGGGUUAUACUCUAUGUUGGGUUACAUAGGCAUCCUGGCGUCUGUGAACUUUGUUUUGGCUUUCAUGGUGAGGACAUUACCAGACAGCUUUAAUGAGGCCAAGUACAUCACCUUCAGCAUGCUGGCAAUCUGCAGUGUCUGGAUUGCAAUGAUCCCGGCCUAUCUGAGCACCAAAGGGAAAAACUCGGUGGCUGUGGAGAUAUUUGCUAUACUGACCUCAUGUGCCGGUGUUCUGGGCUGUAUAUUUUUCCCAAAGCUGUAUAUUAUGCUUAUAAAACCUGAAUUUAACUCCAGAAAAACAAUACUGUGGAAAAACACUAUAUAA